GUGAAGGAAGUACUCCCGGCCGGACGUCUGAGGGAUCCUUUUGAAAAGCGCGGGGCCGUAUAAAAUAUCCCUGAGACGCACGUCGGGGCCGGAGAAACCGCGCUCUGAGGAUGCUGUUUGCUUCUGGGGAGCAAGAGCAAGGGCGGCUCUAGGAGAAGCCUCGUCUCUGCGUUGCGUGCCGAGGCCCCGUAGCGAUGUGACCGGCUCCGCGGCCAUCUUCCCGCUGAGACGCGGCGCUCUGCCCGCCGCCAUGAGCGACCCGCGGCAGCCGCAGGAAGAGAAGCACAAACUGGGCAGGGCCCCUGCCAAGUUCAAGGACCCGCCCAGAGCCAUGCAGUCCGACGAUUACUUCGCUCGGAAGUUCAAAGCCAUCAACGGGAGCCUGGCCCCCGCCGCUCCCUUCGGCGUCUCCAACGCCAGUGAGAGUGGCGGCCCGGCCAACGGCACCCCCGCGGUGCCCAAGAUGGGCGUGCGGGCCAGGGUGUCGGAGUGGCCUCCGAAGAAGGACUGCCCCAAGGAGCUGGCCUGCAAGGCGCUGUGGGGCGGCCAGUCCCAGAGCAGCUACGACAGCGUCGCCUCCGUCGUGCACAACGGGCAGAACGGCCAGGGCGACGGUCACCCCGAGGACCAGCUGGAGCUGGACUUUGCGGAGGCCAAGUACACCGCCGGGGACAUCUUCGUCCACUCCCCGCACAGGGGACUUCACCCCAUAAGACAGAGGAGCAACAGUGACGUCACCAUCAGCGACAUCGACGCCGAGGACGUCUUAGACCAGAACGCGGUGAACCCCAACACGGGCGCGGCGCUGCACCGGGAGUACGGGAGCACCUCCUCCAUCGACCGGCAGGGCCUGUCCGGGGAGAACUUCUUCGCGAUGCUCCGAGGGUACCGGGUAGAGAAUUACGACCACAAGGCCGCAGCCCCUUUCGGGUUCCCGGGCUUCUUCUCCUGCGACCCGGGCGUGUCGCCCAGCCUCCACGCCGCCGCGCAGAUCUCCCGCGGAGAGUUCGUCCGCAUCUCAGGAUUCGAUUACGUGGACGGCGCCUUCCUCAGGGGCAGGGACCGGGACAAGCCUUUCAAGCGGAGGUUGAAGUCGGAGUCGGUGGAAACGUCCCUCUUCCGCAAGCUGCGAACGGUGAGAAGCGAACACGAGACGUUCAAGUUCACGUCGGACCUGGACGACGGCCGUCCGGAGCGGGGCGUCCGUCCCUGGAGCUGCCAGCGCUGUUUUGCACACUAUGACGUCCAGAGCAUUUUGUUUAACAUCAACGAAGCCAUGGCCACGCGGGCGAACGUGGGGAAAAGGAAGAACAUGACCACCGGGGCCUCCGCGGCCUCCCAGACGCAGGCGCCCGCGGGCCCGACGGGCACCUGUGAGUCCCCGCUGGGCAGCAAGGAGGACCUCAACUCCAAAGAGAACCUGGACGCCGACGAGGGCGACGGGAAGAGCAACGACCUCGUCCUGAGCUGCCCGCACUUUAGGAACGAGACGGGCGGGGAGGGGGACCGGAGGAUCGCGCUGUCCAGGGCCAGCUCGUCCUCGCUCGGCUCCGGGGAGAACUGCUCCUUCGAGUCCUCCCUCAGCUCUCACUGCACGAACGCGGGCGUGUCGGUCCUGGAGGUGCCCCGAGAGAACCAGCCCAUUCACAGGGAGAAGGUCAAGCGCUACAUCAUCGAGCACAUUGACCUCGGGGCCUACUACUACCGCAAGUUCUUCUACGGGAAAGAGCACCAGAACUACUUCGGGAUCGACGAGCACCUGGGCCCUGUGGCCGUCAGCAUCCGGAGGGAGAAGGUGGAGGACGCCAAGGAGAAGGAGGCGUCGCAGUUCAACUACCGGGUGGCGUUCAGGACGAGCGAGCUCACAACGCUGAGAGGAGCGAUUUUGGAAGACGCGGUCCCCUCCACGGCCCGGCACGGCACGGCGCGGGGCCUGCCCCUCAAGGAGGUGCUGGAGUACGUCAUCCCCGAGCUGAACAUCCAGUGCCUGCGGCAGGCCGCCAGCUCCCCCCGGGUCCCCGAGCAGCUGCUCAAGCUCGACGAGCAAGGGCUGAGCUUCCAGCACAAGAUCGGGAUCCUGUACUGCAGGGCCGGCCAGGGCACGGAGGAGGAGAUGUACAACAACGAGACGGCCGGCCCGGCCUUCGAGGAAUUCCUCGACCUGCUGGGCCAGCGCGUGCGGCUCAAAGGGUUCAGCAAGUACCGGGCUCAGCUGGACAAUAAAACCGACUCUACGGGGACGCACUCCCUCUACACCACGUACAAAGACUACGAGCUCAUGUUCCACGUGUCCACCAUGCUGCCGCACAUGCCCAAGAACAGACAGCAGCUCCUGAGGAAAAGGCAUAUAGGAAAUGACAUCGUGACCAUUGUCUUCCAAGAGCCCGGAGCACUUCCUUUCACUCCAAAGAGCAUCCGGUCCCACUUUCAACACGUCUUCGUCAUCGUCAGGGUGCACAACCCGUGCACCGAGAAUGUGUGCUACAGCGUUGGCGUUUCUAGAUCAAAAGACGUGCCCCCGUUCGGCCCCCCCAUCCCCAAAGGCGUCACUUUCCCCAAGUCCGCCGUGUUCCGGGACUUCCUUUUAGCCAAAGUCAUCAACGCGGAGAACGCGGCCCACAAAUCGGAGAAGUUCCGCGCCAUGGCCACCCGGACGCGGCAGGAGUACCUGAAGGACCUGGCGGAGAACUUCGUCACCACGGCCACCGUGGACACCUCGGCCAAGUUCAGCUUCAUCACGCUGGGUGCCAAGAAGAAGGAGAAGGUCAAGCCGCGGAAGGACGCCCACCUGUUCAGCGUGGGGGCCAUCAUGUGGCACGUGGUGGCCCGGGACUUCGGCCAGGCCGCCGACAUCGAGUGUCUGCUGGGCAUCUCCAACGAGUUCGUCAUGCUGAUCGAGAAGGAGUCCAAGAACGUGGUCUUCAACUGCUCCUGCCGGGACGUCAUCGGCUGGACGUCGGGGCUCACGAGCAUCAAGGUGUUUUACGAGAGAGGCGAGUGCAUCCUUCUCUCCUCGGUGGACGGCUGCCCCGAGGACAUUCGGGAAAUGGUCCAGCGCCUGGGGAUAGUGACCAGAGGCUGCGAGACCGUGGAAAUGACCCUGAGGAGGAACGGGCUGGGCCAGCUCGGCUUCCACGUGAACUUCGAAGGCAUCGUCGCGGACGUGGAGCCUUUCGGCUUUGCCUGGAAGGCGGGCCUGCGCCAGGGCAGCCGCCUGGUGGAGAUCUGCAAGGUGGCCGUGGCCACGCUGACCCACGAGCAGAUGAUCGACCUGCUGCGCACGUCCAUGACCGUGAAGGUGGUCAUCAUCCAGCCGCACGGCGAUGGCUCGCCCCGGAGGGGCUGCUCGGAGCUCUGCCGCAUCCCCAUGGUGGAGUACAAGCUGGACAGCGAGGGCACCCCCUGCGAGUACAAGACCCCCUUUCGGAGGAACACCACAUGGCACCGGGUGCCCACCCCGGCCCUGCAGCCCCUGCCCAGAGCCUCGCCCGCCCCUGGCACGCCCGACCGGCUGCCGUGCCAGCAGCUGCUCCCGCAGGCGCAGGCCGCCAUCCCGCGCAGCACCUCCUUCGACCGCAAGCUGCCCGACGGCACCAGAAGUUCGCCCAGCAACCAGUCAUCCUCCAGCGACCCCGGACCGGGUGGGAGUGGGCCCUGGAGACCGCAAGUGGGCUACGACGGGUGCCAGUCCCCCCUGCUGCUCGAGCACCAGGGCCCGGGCCCUAUGGAGUGUGAAGGAGCCAGGGACCGGGAGGACGCCAUGGAUGGAGGCAGGCACCCAGAAACCAAAUGGCACGGCCCACCCUCCAAAGUCCUGGGCUCCUACAAGGACCGAGGCCUGCAGAAGGACGGGAGCUGCAAAGAGUCCCCCAGCAAGCUGUCCCACAUGGCGGACAAGGGCUGCCCCAGCCCCUCGAGCAGCGCCACGCUGUCCAGCAGCGCCUCCAGCACCAGCGACGACAAGCACUUUGGCUCCGGGGACCUGGACCCCGAGCUGCUGGGCCUGACCUACCUGAAGGGGCGCCCGACCCCCCCGGGCUAAGGAUGCUCCAGUGCAAGCUGCGUGCCUGGGGCAGGAGGAUGCUGCAGGCACGCAGGGGACAUGGAACAGGAAAACAGGCCGCAGACAUAAACAGAGGCUUCUGCAGCGGGCGGCUGUGAGCCUGGGGACGAGCCAGCACCACUGAACUCCGGUUGCAUGGCACCUUUUGUCUGUUCUCUCCUCAGCGGCUCACACCACUCAGGCAGCCCUUCCGCUCACUGUUCCAAAAGCACCGGGUCCCUGGACACGUCCAAAGUCUACAUCGUGGCUCACAGCGGCGGCCCGCCGGUGCCCGGGUCCAUGUCCAAGGCCUACCACCGCCAAGGGGCAGUGAGCAAGUACGUCAUCGGCUGGAAGAAGUCGGAAGGCAGCCCCCCGCCCGAGGAGGCCGAGGUGCCUGAGUGUCCAGGGCUGUUCGCCGAGAUGGAGCUCAUGUCCCCGGCAGCUCAGCACCCAACAGCGGCGGGAGAAGCCGGCUCGGAGACUCAGCACGUUCUGUCGAAGGAGGACUUUGUGAAGCUGAUGCUCCCCGACAGCCCCUUCGCAGAGGAGGGGAGGAGAAAGUUCUCCUUCUACGGGAACCUGUCCCCGCGCCGGUCGCUGUACCGCACCCUCUCGGACGAGAGCAUGUGCGACGAGUUCUGGUUCUCCGACGGGUCCCUGUCGGAUAAGUCCAAGUGCGCAGACCCCGGCCUGAUGCCCCUCCCGGACGCGGGCACGGGGCUGGACUGGUCCCACCUCGUGGACGCUGCUCGGGCGUUUGAAGGCCUGGACGCGGACGAGGAGCUCGCGCUGCUCUAUCACCACGCGCCCUACCUAGACCAGAGGGUGGCCACCUUCUGCACCCUGACGGACAUGCAGCGCGCGCAGGGGAGCCGUCCGGCCACGCUGACGGGCAAGGUGAACCAGCUGGAGCUGGUCCUGCGGCAGCUGCAGACCGACCUCCGCAAGAUGGAGGAACGGGUGCAGAUGCUGGAGCGGGUGCAGAGGGUGGAGCGGGUGCAGAUGCUGGAGCGGGUGCAGAGGGUGGAGCGGUGCUGGAGCGGUGCAGAUGCUGGAGCGGGACUUGGGGCGGGUGGGGUCUCUAACUCUGCCCUCUCUGCCAGGGAGCCGUCCCCAGCCACGCUGACAGGCAAGGUGAACCAGCUGGAGCUGGUCCUGCGGCAGCUGCAGACCGACCUCCGCAAGGAGAAGCAGGACAAGGCGGUCCUUUACUGA